UCCUGUGACGUCACAACAGCACUCGCCUGCCAUUUUUCAGUGAGAAAGGCACAUCUAUCGUACCAGCCAGGUAUUCUACUUUCAGGCCAGGAUUGGUUGGCCUUUCGGACCUCGUUUUACCAUGACAGAAAGUGACAAUGUAAACAGAAGCAAUUUAACACCAUUGUGUAGCUUCUAACACCUUAUUUCCCUGACAGUCCCUCAAUUUUCCACACCGAUUUUUACCGGAGAGUGCAUGCUUCACAUUGAAAAGUGCAUCAUCGGAUCACAUAAACUUCGAUUUAGGAGAAAAUCCAAGGCGGAUUGCACAGGGCAGUUACAGUGGCCCUAAAUGACCAUGGCGGAGUCUGAACGUCGGUCGGGCAAAACACCGCUGAAAAAACAACCAGAGAUAGAAGAGGUGGAGGAGGGAGAUGAAGAAACAAAUGGAAGUCCGAACUCUGACGUGUCUGACACGACCAUUACUCCAGGUAUUGAAACCCCUGUUGCCCAGUCAGCCACUGGUUCUCCCGAUUCUGAGACUGGAGAUGAACAGACAGCCUCGCCCUGUGAUGGAAAGUCCGACAUUCAAGAGCACCAUCAGACAGUACGAACAAAUUCACAGAGUAAAAUGAAAACUUUACAACGAGCCGAGGCUUUGUGUGAUGACAGUUCCCCCCCUCCUGAUGUGAUGUACCCAAUAGAACAUCUGGAAUCCAAGGAAUCAAAGAUAAGGAGUGAGAGAAGGUUAGAGAAAAGUGGAUCGCAGAGUUCUGAGGCAGGAACCUCAUCAAGUUUAUCUAGAGAGUCAAGUUUAGAUACACAGUACAAAGACUCCACUGGGAUUGACCUAGAAGAAUUUAUAAAAAGGACAUUAAAUAAAUCAGUCAAAGAUAAGAAAAUGAUUUUACAGUUAGCUAGAGAUCUCAAGAAAUUUGUCAAAGAACCAAAACAUCAGUUUCUCCAGUUUGCUGAGAUGUCGUCGUAUGAUCGUAUGCUGGUUCAUCGAAUUGCGGCGUUCUUCGGCCUGGACCACAAUGUUGACCAGAGUGGCAAAGCUGUAAUAGUUAGUAAAACUAAAAUCACAAGGAUACCUGAUUUUUGUUUUGAAGAUCAUAUACAGAAGGGUGGGGAUAUGGGUACAAAAAAGAAAAUAUUACCUAGGAAAGCACCAAGUUUAGAUGAAAAAGAAAGUAAAGGUUUAGAAAAGCACCUAUUUGGUAGCAACCGUGCCAAAUCACUGGAAGAAAGACAGAAGAGCUACGAAGAAGCCAAAGCUAGAAUAUUCAAGAAUGGAGAGGGUGGCUCUGAAGAUUACCUGUCUUGUGCUCCAUUAGUGAGUAAUAGUCGAUCGGGUAAAUCCAGCCUUGUGAGCAGCAAGGAAGACCUUGGUUCGCGGCAGCCAAGUACAGACUCCAGUGGGUAUGGGUCAUGUGAAAACACGGGUAAACAGUCUCGGCUGAGCAUACAGAAAGCCAACAGCUAUGGUGGCAUGCCAGGACAUCCUUUGGUGAAAAGCCAUGGCUCAGCAAGCUUCUCCAAAGCAGAUUCAGUAAGCAGUGGCACAUCGGGUAGCUUUGACUGCGGGUCUGGUCGGCCGUACCCUGUGCCAACAUCCCCACCAGGCAGCCAGUCGGAUCACUCGCCACUCUCCCGCAGCAGUUCCACUGGCCCUGUUCCAUCACCACACACCUCAGGUGGUGGUGGACCGGGCCCAAGUUCCCAAUAUGCCUUCCUGGUAGCGAUGGACCCUACCAACAUCCCGCCUGGAAGUAUGAUAAUCAACCCACAAACAUUACAACCCCAUGUGAAUCCCGACGGGUCUUUGUAUCGGUAUGAUCCAGCCCAACCCCCACCCUGGCUACCCAGUGCAGGGUCAUCAGUACAUCCAUCGACACCUUCAUCAACAUCAUUCCCAAAUAGUCUACCAACACAAUAUUCUAGUGUAUGUACCCAUGUUGAUCAAGACACCAUACAUCAGUUUUCAAACAUGCAUAUGUCAACCGACAUAAUAGAUUCCCUGCAGCAGCGUGGUCCUGCCCCCCACACCCAGCAGGGCUCCCACAUCAUGAUGAGCACCCAGCAACCCUACCAAUCCCAACCUCCAUAUAUACAGCCUACAUACUACCCUGGGCCACAAGGUGUGACAGGCCAACCAGUGCGCUACACGUAUCAGGUGCCAUAUCAGAUGCAGAGUCAGAGCUCUAUGGAUAGUCAGCCACAGCCACAUCCAGCAAAUGUGCCCCAUAUAGGACAGUACUCACAGGCCUAUGUUCAAGGUUACCCAACAACAAACUAUCCUAAUGUUGUGGUUCAACAGAGUGCUUCUCAAAGUGCAGACAUGUCAGCAUCUAGUAAUGUGUCACAGACUGGAGUGUACACGGGUCCUCACCAGGACAGUAAUGUUCCCUCAUACUCUAUACAAUACAGCCCCUAUAGCCAGCAGCAGCAACAGCAGAGCAGCUAUGGGCAACAGGCCCAAUCCCCAGUGUUCUAUAGUGUAUCCUCCACUAAUCCUCAGCUGGGCUACAGCUUUACUGGGCCAACAGGCUCCACCAUUAGACCCACUACACCUCCUAGUCAAGGUAACAACAUACCCAACCCUAGCAUAGCAAUAAACAUGGCCCAACCUGUGAACUUUCAGCAGCAAGCAAGCGGGUCUGGUGGUGGGCACAGUACUGCCACCUCGCCGCAGUAUGGAACCUACUACCCCCAGCUUCACCAGCAGGCAGCAGCAGCCAUCAGGCCCGUCAAUCAGGUCAUGCAAAUUGCCGGUGUUCAGUCUCAUGCUACACCAGGCCCUUCAACCCAACAGCCAUUCUCCAUCGUUAGACCAAGUAUGCAAGUAGGCCUCCCUGCGGGGAACAUCCCGCCACAAGCAGGUAGUAUUGGGCAGCAUGCAGUGGGGUACAAGGGAUACUCUAUCAACACCUGUUUUCAGAAGCAGAGUGUUGGAGGUGAUGGCAGCAAGGACACGGCACCCACUCCCACCGUGUUGCCAGGCAACCUCAGUCAUAUUACUGGUCACAUGCCAUCAGGGUCCAGUGUGAGACCACAGCAACUAGGAACGGGUGACAUGCGAAUGUAUGGGCAGACAUUUCGCCCACAGCUACAGCCUUUACAGUUACAGAGAGCCACUGGUCAGCAGCCCCCAAACCCACAACAGCCCAAACCAAGAGAGUGACCUGUCCCUGUUGGGCGUGUGAGUUCACCUCGACCUGGAGAUCUGAUAGAGCAAUGUCGUCGUCAUCGUUGUUGUCACAGGGUGCCUAUCUCUAGUUUCACAUCAUCUGCCACCGCCACAGGCACUAUCGUCUGCACCGCCGGCCGGCAAUUUCGUACCUGCGUACAGACAACCAUCAGUCGGGGAACAACAACAAUCAAAUUUUACCAUAUCACAGUUGUAAACACCAUGUUUUAGCAAUAUAGUGAAAUACAGGAGAAGCUGCCUCACCUUGACAUGUCACCUGAACUGGGAUUGUGGGCAGGUCAAGGUCAUUAGACAAGGUCAACAUCUGCGAGACAUGAGCGUAUCAGGUCUCAUUAAGAUAAAAGAAAGAUCAUUAUUUUUAUAGGAAUUUUUAAAAGUGUUUUAUUCAGAGAUCAGCUGAGAUCUAAAGAAUCGGAUGACACAUUUCAAGUACAUAUAAAUGUAAAACAACUACGAGACGAUGUCAUUAGAAUGAAAGAUUGUGUGUUUCAUGCAUUUGUCAGUCUUCUGUGUAGUAACUGGCUUAUGAGGCACAAUACUUUGUGAUGGAGAUGAAUUACUUGUAGACUAUUGACGAUAACAACUGAUUGGGAUCGGGUGUCGGAUGAGCAUAGAGUCACAAGAAUCAGCUUCCUAGAAUUGGCACAUUGUGUGUUGAUAGCAGUAGACAAAAUUACACCUGGUACAUCCAUAAGACAUAUAUUAUAGCACCAAGUCAUUCCUGUAGUCUGUUGUUACAUUCUCCCAGUGAAACUCACACCAAUGUACGCACCAGUUAUGUAGUCAGUUGUAGGGCACUUUACAGGGACUGUGCAAGAUGUACUAUCUGUUGCUGGACCAGGAAGUUCAAGCCAGACUUCCUGGUCAGAUUAUUAAUGUGUUGAAGUGCUCAGCAGUUGGUCAUCUUUUUGAACAAAUUGUACAGUUAAGGCCUUAAUUCUUAAAAGUGUAUCCAAAGUCAUCUGAAUCAUUUUGAAACAUUCAUUGCUGUCAGGCAGGAUUUUAGUUUAAAUCUGAUUUUGUUCAGUGGAUGCAAAUACAUAUUGGUAGAAGUUACUAUCCCAUGAGCUAAAUCUAUCCCGACUAUGAAUUUGCACUUAAUGUUGUGAUGAUGUGUAUGUUAAUGUAGCCAACUGGAGACUUUGUUGUAUGUCUUAUGUAUAGUUGACUGUUGAGCAUCAUGUUGUUUUAUCACACCAGUCUGGAAUACGGAUCUAUUGUCUGACUAUGAAACUGAUCUGGACACUGAAGCAUGCAAUCUUGCACAGCCCCUGCUGUCCCAUGUGCCACAUGUACCUCAGUCUUGGGCUACAUAAUUAGCCAUGUGUUUCAUUCCUUGUCAACCAAAUACACUUAUUUACCUAACUCUGUUCUCAGACAUGGGUCAGGUUGAGCCAGCCAACCAAUGUGGAAUAUUCGAUAUCAGUUCAUAUUGUGUUUGUGAAAUUUUAUGACAAGUUUGUUGUUUUGCUGGCCCCAUGUUUAGGGUUGAAGUCAGGUAGGAACAGAUGUGACCACCUCUCCACAGUCUAAAACAAUCAUUGUUUAAAUUGGUACAUUUUGAAAUUCUAUGGCUUGGCCAUUAUUUGACCCUUGUAAAGGGAGGUAAUUCAUAAAGUUUGAAAGCUGCCUGUCAGAAGCACUUUUGUAUUUAUCUGUUGCACUUUCAGUUUAUCAUAACUACUCAUAUGAAGGUAUCAUGAUGAGGAACAGCAGCUGGUUUGGGACUGUGGAGAAGUGCAGUUAGAGUAUGUUUAUUACUUUAUGCCUUCAUCUCUUGUUGGUUUGCACACUACAAUGUAUGUCCGGACUUGUGACUUCUUGGUGCAAUAUUUACUUGCAAUGUUCCUGUCAUUUACACUUGUGUUCCUAACCGUCAGUGUCAAGGUAAAAUCUGAGAAUAGAACUGCUGAUAGCAAUAGGGAGAACAUCGAAUACACACACUUUAAAAACUUUACUUAUUGAUUUCUUUAUUAAGCCUCUUUGAUCUUGCUGAAACAGCUGAGACUGUUGAAAGUAAACAACUUUGAUUAUUGACAUUCAUUUUUUCCAAAUUCAAUCACUUUCAUUUUUGAGAUAAAUGUGUCCUAAAACAGUAUGUAUAAGUUAUUAGAGUGACAUUUCUUGUCAUUAUUUUUCUAAAUUAUGCUUUGUAUUGGUGCAGAAUACUGAUUGUUUAUGAUGGCAGGGAUCGCUGCUCUUAUUCACCUGUUAAGAUAACAAAAGAGAGUGAUUUUAUAAUCUAUUUGUUGUAAGUAUGCUAUCACCUUGAUCAUCAUGCAGUUACUUCAGUUUUAGCAACUCACUGUUUUAAUGGUUCAACAUAGCACGCAAGUGUUUGGAUACUUCUUGAACAUACAUUCAAACAAAAAACUACAAAAACUGACCCUCAUUCAGAACUUGUAUGAUACUGGCACAUUAGCUGACUGGUCUGCCACAUCUUGCUGAAGAAGCAGAACAUUUUAUCAAAAUAUGUCAAUUUACCUUCACCACCAGAGUAAUUUUAUGUUGAUCAAGUGAUUCAUAUUUACACUUGUUGAAAAUGUUAUUAUAUUGAAGUCAGUUUGUUACUUUAUUGAUAUAUUUUAGAUUUACCCAUUAGAAUCAUUUCAAAAGAGCGUUGGCUGUUAUGAAAUUCUGACAAAUUUUGUUUGACAAAGAGAACGACUUUCAGAAGUAUUUUUGAUGCAUUUAGUAGUGAGUAAAUGAUACGUUCAUCAUGCUACAUCAGCUCUUCCAGUAAUAGACAACGUUAAAUAACAGAGUUGCUCAAUUAUCAAAAUACAAGCUUAAUUUUCCUAUGCUGCCAAUUUGUGGAGGAUGUUCGGAUAUUUCUGCAGUUUGGUCGAUACAAGAUAAUUGCAGGAAUUUUUUGUGAGACCAAAAUUCAACAGUCACAAUUACUAGUGCAUGGUAUCAUUGAAAUGAACAUCAAUUUGUAAGCAAACAGUGAGUGAGUUAAACUUUAACCUUGCAUCGGCAGUAUCUCCGCCAUAUAGCAAGUAUAUAUUUAGUUUAUACUUGAAAACCGUUUAUGGGACAAAUCUUUUCAACUGAGGCAGAAUAAGUCUGCCUUGUUUAUGACACACAAAAUGAUAGGUUCCAUUUUUGAGUUCUUUGUGAAUAUUCUACUGGGCUACAGUGAAUGUUAGAGACGGGCAACAUGUUGAAUACAAAUUUGAAAGUCCGCCAUAUGAUCAUACAACUAGUUGUAACAUGACACGAUAAAAGAAUUAAUAGUAUUGUUACACAUACUGUGUGUAGUUAUCAAACCAGUCAUUGGGAUGAAAUUGUUAAACUGGUUAACAAGAAUCAGCAAGUUCUACAAGUAUAAAAGAGGAGUUCUGUACGUGGUGAGACUGGUCAGAUCUGAUAACAUGCACUUUAUUGAGCUGUUGUAGGAACUGACCCAGUACAACACACACCAGAGGUACUCCUGAGUAGGUGUCAUCUGCAGGUGACAUUUUCUAGAUAAUCACAGCGUAUACAGUAAAUUACAAGACAUUCAUUCUGCAUGAUGUUACGGAAAUUGUACAGACAGAGCACAGGGUGGUGAUCAGGGAAUAUACAAAGGUAUUAAUAAUUUCUUACACCCUUUCUUAGAUGGGUUCAAAAUGUGCCACUUCUGAAGAGAAAAAGGCGGCGUGAAAAAUAUUAUUUUCAAGUAGAUAGGGUCUAUCAGUUUGUGCUGUCUAUGAGACUUUCAGAGCAGUUGUUACAAUGGGCAAGAUCACAAUUAAAUAUGAAGAGGGGUAUCAGACUGGUGUGUGCCCAAUGUCUUUACUCACAUGUGGCAAGAAAUAUCUAGACUCUUGGGGGAUUUAGUGACAUCCAUAUGUGAGAGGCUAAGUAAUGUACCGUGCAGGUUCAUUAAAUCAUUAUGAUCUGAUUGUUGAUGACAGUGAAAGAUUUUAUGAGAAAAUAUGUCUUGAUAUGUAGCUUUGAUGCGACCCUUGGAUGUGAUCUCGAAUUGCAGAUACAUGGAACCUAAGUGUCCUGGGUUGUAAGGGAGUACAGUGUACUUGGUUACUGAACACAAGUGAAAACAAAAGAUUGUGAUAGUUUCACUUGAUUGUGACGUUCCUUCUGUACAGUGAUGUGAACCAGUGUAUUGAGAGUAGCUGGUAUUCCAAGUCUGGCAGUCAAGCUCACACCCUUGGGUACUGUAUUGUAGCAUGAGAUCUCAUGUACAGAUAGUCUCUCUGUCCCUCCUCCCUCCCUCCCACUGUACAUAGAACUAAUUUCUCUCUCCCUCAACCCUACCACCUGUGUGAUGAUUGCCAGUGGUCCAUUACUUGUGUCCUGUCGUCGCUGACAACCUCCAUACUUUUGAUAUGUUUUCUUAUCCUAGCAUUGUGUGACUGCAUUGUGAUGUAACGGUAUGUUGAACACCAGGCGCCUCCUUCCUCACCAGGGUUACAAGCCAUGUUGCCAGCCAACCAUGCAAGCCAUUCCCAUAGGCUUUUAGUGUAGUCAUUUGCAGCCAUGUUCAUCUGGUAAUGAUAAUUUAUCACAAUUCUUGUCGAGGCAUAAUCUCCGCUCCAGGAAGGGUUUGAAGUUGCUAAGCAGAACUUUAUUUUAGAAAGGACAGAUGUAAAGGAGUCCAUUGUCUCAACAGAGACCAUAGUAUAUGGUCUCUGGUCUCAACUUUCAAAAACUCACAUUAAUUUGGUAUGGUAAGUUUGUUGCAAAGGUAUUAACUCGAAAAUAUCAAGCUUAUCUGUAUUUCAUCCAGGUUUCUACACUUUGAGUACACAUUCUAUCCUGUUCGUGUUAGGUCCAAUGUUCAUACCAUGUCUGCAGUUGUCUGUUGAGUUGCCCUCGCAUACCGGUGGUUUACAUAUAGAAGUAUUGUCCAUGUUCACCUACUAUGCACAUAGUGUAGUUGGUUGUAGUUAACCCUUUCAGUGAGAGACACUCUAACACAGUGAGUUUGUCGUUGUUAUUUGGGAUCUGUCAUUGCUAGAGUUAAGUGUACCUGUGAGUGAAGCAUCGUGAUGGGAUAAGAAUGACUCUCUGGUUUGAUCAGAGUUCAUUUUAUGAAUUAGUAUUAAAUGACACAACCUCUUGACAAUUUCUUACAUGCAAGUGUCAGAAGGCUAGAUUGCUGUUAGUCCUGUGACUCCACAGAGAUGGACAAUCACACUCAGAGGUUACCUGUGCCAAAAUUGUCAGAAAGUGCUACCUAGUUCUUAGUUGUUGUUCUUGCUGUGUCCAAGUUGUCUGCUUACACUUGUACAAGAUAUUGUGUCCAUUAUUGUUGUUGUUUGUAGCUGUUGUUAGGGAGGAAUUAGAGUCCUUGUUGACACUCGAGGCAGACACUAUUGUGUGAACAUGAGUAUGAAUCUUGUGACUCAAUCUACCAAGAGGUGAAGCUGGUUGAGAACUCUCUUUCAGUACCUGUUGAUGUAGGCAGACAGAAAGGGAAGGAUAUUAUCUGGUCAGAGGUAUCAGCGAGAAUACACAAAUCUAUUGAUAACCUAUUCACCAGUAAAUUAUUUAUUUAAAAAAACAAGUGUGACAUUAAAGCCUAUGUUGUGGUCCAAGGGUAUUGUUCUUUUAAUUUUCUGGUUAAUACAAACUUUCACUUUGUGAGGAGGUUACCAAUAGAUCAUCAGUUUCUACUUGCAUGACCUCUGGGUGUUGUCACAGAGAAUCUGUGUAUGUUAGAGACCAGUUAGGAUUGUCCCUACCCAUGCUGUUUUUCAGCUACUAGUUUUGCCUAGUUCCAAUGGUGGCUGUGACCCUGGUGGGAGGGCGUGUGCUAUAGUUCAGCUAUUCUACAGUUGAGUCUGGGUUAUCUAUUUCAUGUUGUAUUGCGUUGACUCAGUAUUGUCAGCCCACUCUGGAACUCCCAUGCUCUAGUAAAAUUUAUUUGCCUGUU